AUGCGGUGGGAAGGAUGGUACAACAGUGGCCAUAUCUCGGCGAGUGCAGAGGUACAAGCUCGCAUUGCGCGGGCGUCAAGACGCCGAAAACAGGCGAACAAGAUCGACCUCGGACCAGUCAACGCCAAUGAUAUGGGGAUGGAGUGUAGACGCAUCGUAGAACGCGUUUUCGUUUGAAGUUGACGUCUUGUUUGAGAGUAGAUGUGACAGAUUUGCGUAGAAUAGGGUAAGAUGUUAUCAUGAACGGAGAUGAAAGGGCUUUUCCAACACGGAGAUGUAGCAUGGAUCAAAGCAUUUGUUGGAUUUCAGCUUUUACAAGCGGACAUCAACGCAGGCAGUAGUAUUUUAGCAAGCUUACGAACGCAUAUAGGAUACCAUCAGGAUU